CUAUGUAUCCGGGAAUGUAUCCUGGUAGUUGGCAGCCAGGUCAUUAUUACCCUGAUGCUUGGAUGGGAGGGCCAGGGAAUUAUAUGCACUCACCCAUACCGCCAAUACCGCAGGGAUAUGGGGCUACGCCACAGGUGGUGCCAGAAUGGGCUACAACUAAUGAAACGCCUUUGAGGCCUGAGGCAAGAGAAGGGGCACAGGGCGCUAGAAGAAAUAUAUCUCUGUCAAUGGGUGGCAAUAUUUUUGAAUGGACGGAAGAGGACAAAGUAGAGAUAAUAGAACUCCUGAAAGAGAGCAAAGAACAGCUGGCAGCUAUGCUCACAGAUAAAGCACGCGUUGACCAAGAAUUGAGGGAGCUGCAAGCUCAGUUUUACAAAAUGCAGUGUUCCCUCGAGAGUAAGUUACAGCAGCAGAUACACCAGGCACGGGAGAUGAUAGAACAGUUAGAGACAGACAGACAGAUAGCCAUUGCAGAGAUGAAGCAGCAAGUUCAUGAAGAGAAUGAGAGAAAAGAUGGAGAAAUCUUAAGAUUAAGGUCACAGGCACAUUCACUCGGUCAGGAGAACUUUCAACUGAAGGAACGCAUUGAAAAGUUGGAGAUAGCUUCAACAGAUCAGUUGGAGAAAGCCCGUGCUAAUCAGUUGGCGAAAGCUCGUGCAAUCUUCAAGCGUUUGAAAGCAGAGAAGUCGGAGGCGAUUGCUAAGGGGGAGUCGAGACUGAAGGAGUAUGGGAACAAAAUGAAAGUGGAGAAGGAGAACCUUCAGUUGGCGAAAGCUCGUGCAAUCUUCAAGCGUUUGAAAGCAGAGAAGUCGGAGGCGAUUGCUAAGGGGGAGUCGAGACUGAAGGAGUAUGGGAACAAAAUGAAAGUGGAGGAGAACCUGCAGAAGCAGGGCAAUGACUUCCAGAAUAUGGAACGAGCAGUUAACCAACUGCAAAUGAAACUGGCACAAAGUGAGGAGAUUUACCUGGCGGAGGGAGAUGUCUAACUGCUGCCAUAUAUCUUGGUGUCGAGGACACAGGAUUGGUUAUACAUGCGACAUUAGUUGAUUUAAACGAUUAGGGGUCAGUAUUGGCGGCCCUGAACUGACCCCUAUAAUGGAGGACCAAAAGUUGUUAGUGGGAAAAGAAGAGCGCCUGGCGGUGCAGUCAAAGGUUAAGGGACCUGUUGACAGGGCUGGUAAGGCGAGUGAGAGGGCCAUCAUAGGUCGCUCCAGAUUAUUGGAGCAACUGGCCUAUGAUUAUGAUUUCUGUUUUACACAGAAGUGGCUUAUGCAUGGAACUGAGCCACCUGAUGUAAGCUUGUCUUGGUGGUUUAGUGCGCAUGCACUUAAUGAGAUGGUAGCGACGGUGUGAAGAGCGGUCGAUUGCAGUGACCGGUUGAAUAACACACCCAAUGGUGGUUCAGCCGUGAGAUGCAAUGAGUUUGUCGAGUAAUGUAAAUGUGGUAGGCUGUGUAGGUAGAAUCAGAAGUCUCAAUUUGGGGCCAAUUCUGGUUGUUCGUAGGGAAGGUGUUAAUGUCUGUAUCGGGUUAAGUUCCGAAAACCAGGCGUGGAGAAGUUCUCGUCUAUGCCUAAAGGAAAAGGCAAGGCGGAGGUGAUUGUGUGGAGAAUGCCAUUUUUAUCUGAUUAACAGGUAAAGGCAGAGCUCAGUUUGAUGGUUCACUCUAACCUAGUAAAGCUUAGGAGAGCGCGAUAGUUUCCGGUUUGGGAGUAGUAAGAAUGACAGGGCAGAAUUAUUUGCAUGUUCGAUUGAAUGGUUUCUAUAUUGUUGAGAGUUUGCAGUGAGUAUGAAGAGAUUGUAUGUUGAUGGAUUGCAACAACUUUUUGAAACAAAAGAAUCUGUCUAGAAUUACAAUAAUCUUUCAGUUACUUUGCACUAUAUUGCGUGUCGGAUAAUACAAUAUUAAAUACAAGAGUAAGUAUCCUAUGCAACCUUUCCUUUUCGAAAAGUACUCACAAGUUGAAAAGGCAAAGUAUGGUUUUAGAAAAACUGUCAAUUAUUAUGAUGUCCUUAAUGGUCGACCAUGAUUGCUGAGUGGUAAUUGGUGAAGACGUGAUUACACAUUUAGCUUUCAGAACAACUGUGAACCAUCCCUUAAAAAUUAUUGACGUAAGGUACUCACAAAUUGAAAGGCAAAGUAUGAUUUUAGAAAUACUGUCAAUUAUUAUGAUGUCCUUAAUAGUGGACCAUGAUUGCUGAGUGGUAACUGGUGAAGACGUUAUUACACAUUUAGCUUUCAGAACAACUGUGAACCAUCCCUUAACAAUAAUUAACGUCUAUAUUUGUUAAGUUGUGUAUGGUAAAUUGUAUGGAAUAUGGGUUGAAUUGUGCAGGUUGUCUAUCAUUAUUUAACAAGAGAUAUACGUAAUUGUUGGCACUAAAUGUCGACAUAGGAUGAAAUAAUGAUAUGAACCGGGAUUCAGAUGUGAAAUUGAUAAGUGUGUGCGAAUGCUUGAUGGGUAUAAAUGGGAUUACCUUAGUGACGGUUUUGGUAUUGAUGCUAUCCCAAACAAAACAGCAGAUUGGAUAGGGGUUGUUAGUUAUGUUAGGAGUACGUUGCAAGGCCGAGCAUAGCCUUGUCCGGUCGAAGUUAUACCGGAGUCUCGGCAGGCGGAGGGUGCUGAUUGUUCGGCUCUCCUCCGAGGUUGAGGACUCGGGUUGAAUGUUAGGCAGUGUGGAUGGCAAGGAGGUGAGGGUGACGUGGGAGUUGGCUCCAACCGGAGAGGACACCAGACUCAGUCUCUCAGAGAUGGAGGUGGAUAUUCCGGUUGGAGGAUGAGGUGGAGGUGAGAGAGAUGGCCGUAGUCCCAGAGUCUGGGAGGGUCAGGUUGGAGAAUGAGGUGAAUGUGAGAGAGAUGGCCGUAGUCCCAGAGUCUGGGAGGGUCAGGUUGGAGGAUUAUGUGGAGUUGAGAGAGAUGGCCGUAGUCCCAGAGUCUGGAAGGGACACGUUGGAGGAUGAGGUGGAGGUGAGAUAGAUGGCCGUAGUCCCAGAGUCUGGGAGGGUCAGGUUGGAGGAUUAGGUGGAGGUGAGCGAGAUGGCCGUAGUCCCAGAGUCUGGAAGGGUCAGGUUGGCGGAUAAGGUGGAGGUGAGAGAGAUGGCCGUAGUCCCAGAAUCUGGGAGGGUCCAGUUUGAGGAGGAUAUGAAGGUGGUGGGAAGAUGGUGUGGUCUGAGAGUGGGAAUGGCCUAGGAAUGCGGCGCCGUCCGCAUUGGGUUGUCACUUUCACUGGAGCCACACAUUGAGUAAUCGCUCAUGCGGACCCAGUGGGCUCGUACACCGGCAAGGGGGGAACUAUAGUGGUGAAUGGAUUGGUGAUGUUUUGACCAGAUUUCUGGUGGGUCAUAUGGGGGAAAGGAUAUGAGCUGUGUGGUGUAAUAUAUGGUGUAACCUGGGGACGGGCAGCUUAGUGGGUGGGAAUAAAUAAUUUUAAUAUUCUCCUGAUGACUUAAACGCCUUAGAUUUGGUUACGUAUUAAAAAAUUAUAGGGUUAAACCUUAGACGGGGAUUGGAAAGCUUAAUUGGGCUAGGGAGAGGGGCUUGUUAGAACGGGGAGGAGUGUGGUGGAGACCGGUUUGACUCGACCGUCCGGACCCCAAUUGCGGUGACUUCUGGGAAAUAGUCUUCAGUUCCGGUUCUGCUAUUCCUAGACGAUUCUGUUGUAUUACGUUCUCCUUGGAAAUCCAAGAUAUCCCGGGUGAUCCUCAGUGCAAGUGAUCCAAGCCAGCGACAAAGCGUACAGAAGGUGGCGCGUUCUCAGCAGAGUCUGUGUCGCUUAUGAAGAAAAGGGAAGUGGUUGAUCAACAUAAUCACAACGAGUUUUAAACGUGGAGCACGCAAAAAAUAAACAAUUGCCACAAAAUGUCACGUUCCCGGUGUGUCUUUAGACAACAGUCCUAAUGGGUUUGUCAAUCACCGUGUUUCCUGUCACUGAACAUUGAGAUGUUUCCAGGGUUGCUUGUGACAUAACUAAGUUGACCUGUAUCAGGUGACCGGGCUGUUUGGAAGACAAUUAGGUGGGUGAGAGUGACGGUAUUAUAGCUUUGCGUUUUGUGUGUUGCUGGAGUCUUUCUUUUGGGACGACAUGGCGUUUAUGUUCGGGGCUUCGGUUACUCGAUAGCAGUGUACGAUUCAUCGUGUGAGUCUGAUUGUACGUCAUGAAAAGACGUGAGUUCCAUUGGUGGCUCCGUGCUUUGUUUCGGUAGUUGCGUGUAAGCACUAAUGACAUAAUCUGCAUUGAUUUUCUGAAAACAUUGAUGAAUGCGUAAGGCAACGCCGGAGUUUCUGGAACCGCGUAUCACACUAUUCCAAUCAGGGAACAGGCUUUGUUUUCCAUGGUAAGAAUUGUAUUUUGCAAAUAAAUACGACAGCGAUGAACGUGUUACAUACUUACGAAGAACACAAUUUAACUAUGGUGUUUCGUUUGUAAGAAAAAUGUCGUCAUUACUUUUUAUCUCACCCAUGCCAUUCAAGGGUUACACAGAUUUAUUGUAUAUACAUGUAGAUAAAUAAAACAUUGACUAUAUUUUAAAUGAAUGCUAAACCUUUAAACAAAUUUCAUGGUAGUUGUACACAAUAUAAAAUUACGUGAUUAGCGUUGAGGUAACAGACGAACACAUUAUAAAUUACUUUAAUGGCUAGAUAUUCUGAGGUUGGUUCCAAUCCACAAGUGAAAUAUUUUUAUAAAUGUAUUGAACUCAUUAAUAGUGUGUUUUAAUAAUUGAUAUUUUUAUUUAAUUUCAUUGUGUUGGCAUUUUAAUUUGACAAAGUCAGAAUACGAACUCUUUCGUAUUUUUCCGUUUAUAAAUCCUAUUUUUAAUUUUCAACUGCAAUUUAGA